UGAAAAGAAAUAAAUGAGAAUGAGUUCGUUUUUGAUCAGCUCCAACUAUGUGGAUCCCAAGUUUCCGCCCUGUGAGGAGUACUCCCACACUGACUACCUGCCCAGCGGCCAUUCUCCCGAGUACUACGGCGGCCAGAAGAGGGAGAGCAGUUUCCAGCAUGGGGCACCCUAUUCCCGAUCGCUUUCCAGCAGCAGCGCACCCUAUACUUCUUGCCAGGGAUCUGUGCGCCAAGGCGCAAGGCUGCCGCACUCCUCUGGGCUUCUUCCUGGCGAGAAAGCGCACUUGGAAUCCAGCAUAACCCCCACUUCGCCUCCAUCCUGCAGCCUCAUAGCCUCAGACCACAAGCACCCCGACUCCCCCGGCCAGGACCCAGUGGUGUACCCCUGGAUGAAGAAAGCGCACAUCUCCAGGGCCAGUUCCACUUACUCUGAUGGGGAGGCCAAGAGAUCCCGUACAGCUUACACCAGGCAGCAAGUGCUUGAACUGGAAAAGGAGUUUCACUACAACCGCUAUCUGACCCGCAGGCGCAGGGUGGAAAUUGCGCACACUUUGCGCCUUUCUGAGCGACAAAUUAAGAUUUGGUUCCAAAACAGGAGGAUGAAAUGGAAGAAAGAUCACAAGCUCCCCAAUACCAAGAUCAGGUCUAACCCUUCUGUGAACCUCCAAAUUGCAGGGGGGUCCCCAAAUCAGAACAAAGGGAACCCUGUCUGCCAAUGACAUCCCUAGGACUAAACAAAAUAAACUCAACUGUUUUUGUUUCUAAUUUAUAAAAGGGGAGAAGAGACUUGGCUUGGCUCCCCGGCUCAUCCAGGAGAAGCCUGUAGAUAGAUUUCAGAUUUGGAGAAGAUAGAUCUAUGUUUCAUCUUUAAUCACGCCAAACCCUGGCCCAUUUGUCAUGUUUACACUGCGGUACAAAGGCUGAACCUCAUCUGACAGAACCAACGCUCAUUUUAAUAAAUGAGGCAAAGCCUGUGUCCCCAUGACUGGAUCCUCUCUUUCUUUGCUUUUUGUUUGUGCUGUAGCAGUGCGUAAUAUGGUGCCCAAAUCCAUUACAAUAGAGUGUUAGCUCUGAGGGGUUCAGUCUUGUAAAUCUCAUUGUUUCUCAGGAGUAACCUGUCACCCUCAGUUUGGGGCCUCAGAUCACACCUAUUUUGGGGGGCAAGCUGAUCUAAAAUGGGGUGUCCCAGGUUCAGGAUAUCAUACCCAGUUGAAGCCUCUGGCACUGUAAUAUAUAUUUAAGAACAGGAUCGUGUAUAUACCCUUAUAAUAUACACCCCCCUCUAGUAAGUCACCCCCCUUCCCAGUCAUAUUUGUUUCAACGUCACUUGGAUUAUGCUUUUACCUGUGUACAUAGUUUACCAAUAAUAAAAUUAUUUUUCCUCAA